UUAUUUCUCUCCAUUCCCUUUCCAUCUAAUGUCUACAAAUCACUUUCCAAGAAUGAAAGUUAAACCCUGAAUCCCAACUCUAUUCACCUUCUCAUUUAUCUCCUAACCAAUGACUAUGAGAACCUCCUCAUUCCCUUCAUCUUAUUCAUCACUGCAGUUCACUCAUCUCUGGCUGAUAUCGCCGGCAUAUAAAGCGUUGAAGAGAUGAGACUCCGUUUAUAUGGGCAUAUCUACCGAGUCGCUUUUAUAUGUGAGGGCCAAGUCGAUUCCAUGGUCAAUGCUUGUACAUGUUCUUUCGCUUAAACAUGAAGCUAUUCAUGUUUUUCUUAGCAUGGGCUUUUGCUCUUUUAGCUUCAUCAUUGGCUUCUGCUGCGACUGUGGAACAAAUAUUCAAAGUUCAAAACAGGACUAUCAAACGCUUGUGCAAUGAGCGAGUAAUUGUCACAGUUAAUGGUCUUUUCCCUGGACCAACGAUAAAUGUCCACGAAGGUGACACUGUGAUUGUCCAUGUAUUCAACGAGGCACCCUACAAUAUCACUAUUCACUGGCAUGGAGUGUUUCAGCUCUUUAGUGGUUGGGCAGAUGGUCCUGAAUAUGUAACUCAGUGCCCAAUUAGUUCAGGAAAUAAUUAUACAUAUAAAUUCAAGGUGCAAAACCAAGAAGGAACAUUAUGGUGGCACGCUCAUGCAUCUGUUUUACGAGCCACAGUUCAUGGUGCUUUCAUCAUUCACCCUCGUUCUGGUCAAUUUCCAUUUCCCAAACCCUACAAGCAAAUUCCUAUUAUAUUAGGUGAUUGGUAUAAUGCUGGUGUUGAGGAUAUGGAGAAAGCUCUCGCCGCUGGGGGUCGUCCUGAGUUAUCUAGUUCCUUCACAAUCAAUGGAUUGCCUGGAGAUAUCUUCAGUUGUUCUCAAAAAGGACAGAAUUCAGAGACAUUCAAGAUGAAGGUGAAGCAAGGAAAAACCUACAUGCUACGAAUGGUCAACGCUGUACUCGAACUGCAUCUAUUCGUCACACUAGCUAAUCACAAUUUCACAGUUGUUGCUGUGGAUGCUACAUACACUGACCCUUAUGUGACCGAUGUCAUUGUUAUUGCCCCUGGCCAAACCCUUGAUGCUUUAUUCACCGCAAACCAACCCAUUGGUUCAUAUUACAUGGUUGCAUCUCCUUAUAAAUCUGGUGGUAAAAUGUUUGAUAAUAUCACAUCUCGUGGUAUAGUCGUUUAUGAUCAUCAAUAUGCACAAUACUCAUCGUCACAUCUUGUGAUGCCAUCCCUACCAUCAUUGAACCCUAUGAUGCCAUUCCUACCACCCUUCAAUGACACUCCAACAGCUCACAAAUUCUAUAGCAACAUAACUAGUUUAGUAGGGGCCCCGCAUUGGGUUCCAGUCCCACUUGAGGUGGAUGAGCACAUGUUCAUUACCGUUGGAUUAAACCUACAAAGGUGUGAUCCAGCGACCGUCACCAAUGACACGUGUAAGGGUCCAAUGAAUCAUACUUUAUCUCCUAGCAUGAACAAUGAGUCAUUUGUGCUCCCUAAGGGGAGAGGGUACUCAAUGUUGGAAGCGUUUUUUGAAAAUAUGAGUGGAGUGUAUACUACAGAUUUCCCUAGCAAGCCUCCAGUUAUGUUUGACUUCACAAAUCCUGACAUUAGAUUUGAUUUGAAUCUUAUAUUUGCCCCAAAAUCAACAAAGGUAAAGAAGCUCAAGUUCAAUUCAACGGUGGAGAUUGUGUUUCAAAAUACAGCUUUUAUUCAUACGGAUAACCAUGCCAUGCAUCUUCAUGGGUUUAACUUCCAUGUUUUGGCUCAAGGGUUUGGGAAUUUCGACCCCACCAGUGACGAAGCCAAGUUUAACUUGGUGAACCCUCAAAUACGCAACACAAUUGGUGUGCCUGUGGGAGGAUGGGCUGUCAUCAGAUUCCAAGCAAACAAUCCAGGGGUAUGGUUUGUGCAUUGCCAUGUGGAACAUCAUACUCACCGGGGAUUUAAUAUGGCUUUUGAGGUUGAGAAUGGACCAACUUUGUCAACUUCACUCACUCCACCCCCAGCUGAUCUGCCAAAAUGUUAACCAGGUUUGAAACUGGAGAAACACCCAGUAUCAAAAAUCAGCACCAACUCUGCCCCGUUUUACAUGUUUUCUUGAAAUUUAAGCUCUUCUUGUCUUUGAAUAUUUGAAGCAUUGUAAAAUCUCUUCAAAUUAUAAAAAAUGAUAGGGUUGUAUUUCUUACACAAAAAUGGUUAUAUAUAUUAUAUUUGUCUUUACUAUAGUAAUAUCAUAAAUUCAUAUUGAACUUUCA